CACGUUCUUCUCAACAAAAAGUGGAAAGACCAGGAACUUGAAUUUAAUUCCGUGUGGUAAGUGUUGUGAAUUGUUUCGUGACAAAAAUAUACAUACCAACCAUUUUCAGGAAAUAUAACUGCUAGAUAAGUCAUCAAAACCGCGAGAAAAGGAUUUAAUUUCUUUACUUACCAUGGAAUUGGAACUGAACUGGACAGAGACGGAUCGCCUAACCCUGUGGGAUGAGACAAGAUUUAAGUCAUUUAUUCCAGCCACCACUUUUCUACUUCUGUGCGCUGUGGUUGGGUUUUUCGGCAACGGAGUAGUAAUUUAUGUUUAUGGAUUUCGACUUUCUAGGAAAUAUGAAGGACGUUAUUUCAUACCCUAUUUGGCUUUAGCCGAUCUUCUUGCUGUGGUUAUUUCAGUAGAGCUCCAUACUCUCAACAAUUUCUUUCCUGUAACUUUCAAGAUGGAAACGCUUUGUAAGUGGAAUUUUGUGUGUGGAUUUUUUGUAAACGCCUUUGCUUCAAAUUUGCUACUGAUAAUCGCUGUGCAGCGCUACCUGAAAGUUUGCAAACCGUUUGGAGGGCAGAUGACUUUGUUUUGGAGGCGCUUUUCUUUGUGUCUGACGUUCGGUGUAACCGCUAUUUUUGUUGUUCCAACAUAUUUCACAUAUGGACUUGAAACAGUUUACAACAAAGAACUGAAUGUUACCGGAACUGCUUGUCGUAGACUGGCCUCCACCACGCGGACUUUGUCCCUAAUUCGCAGCGCCACCUAUGUCCUCCUUGGUCUCGUCGGAGGAAUUGUACUAAUUGUUUUGUAUACAAUGAUAGCAAAGGUCAUUUAUCAACAAAAUAACCAAAACAAGGGAGAUUCCAGCAAGAAAAAGACAAACCUAUCGUUGAUGUUCAUGAUAAUAACAAUGUUAUUUCUUGUUUUGUAUCUACCUAGAAUGAUCACGUCCAUUUUGGAAAGUAAAAGCGCUGGUCUUUGGGAGACUUUAACUGUCGAACAGUAUGCUGUUGUGGGAAUGUUAGAAAUCUUAUACAUCUUAAACUACGUGGCUAAUCCAUUUGUGUAUGCUUUCAUGGAUUUCAAAUUUAAGACUGAAUUAAAACGGAUGUUUUCGUGUAAAAUUUAGCAAUACAUUAACAAAGCGCGUAAAAAUUUUUCAUAAAAUAACACUUAUUUGACAAAGCAGAAUCUAAAAUAUCUCUAAAAAAAUGGUAUUAAAUUUCCUCGUCACUUCCUCUUAAAAACGAUUUACUAAUUGAUCUAAAAAGAGACUCUGAAACAGAUUUUGACCUCAAACUAUAUAACACACGAAAUAAACCAAAUUUCCCCCCCUUAGAAAAUAGAUAUACCUUUUAUACAAUCGCUUCUAUGUCAUUGCUCUAAACUAUCAACACAAAAAAUGGAAGUUACGGGUUUAGGAUUUGAUCACAUGACCAACCAAGUGCAUAUCCCGGUGAACCAGUUAACAAUGCCUUUUAUUUCUUAAGUGUUACAUAAUCUAAAUUGUUUUAAUACUGAUUAGUACAUGUUCUACAACUUAAACAAUGCAUUUUGCUGAUACCAAAUGACUUGGUUCAGCUUCAUGGCUUAGUGACCAUGCUAUUGUAACUAUAAUCAUUUCGGUCAUAAUUGGCGAUGAUUGGUUAUUGAUCAGCUAUGCUGCAUCUUAUGUUAAAAGAAAUAAAAAAACCUAGCUGAUGCCUAUUUGAACGAAUAAAGGCUAUUUAAAGGAUGAAUUUAAGCAAACAAAUAUAAAGACAUGGAAAUGAUCCUUCUACAUAAAAUACAACUAAUCACACGAUUUGCGACAUAUUUUGGUGUAUUGAUUAAGGGUGAAUUAUCUUUUCUUAUAUUUUUUUCAUUUUCACAAUCAUUUCACAAUUAAAGUAACACAUCUGUAGAUAUUUUUUCAAGCAUUCUCAAUACUUUUACACUCUUUCACACUCUUUUACGUUUUCUUAAAAGCAAACAAAAUAAAAUGAAAGAAAUAGAAAAAGAUCAGUUGGUUACCAUGUUUAAAAUUAUACCUCAAAUAUGUUUUUCCAAUCUUCUCAGAGUUAAUUAAUUUCAUCAUUUUGCAUGAUUUGAUUGCUAUAUAUUUUGAGCCUUAUAUUUGAAUAAAAGAUGUUGCAACAGAUCAUCAAUGUCAGGAUCUGUUUUGUUUUGAAGAAUUAAAAAUAUAUUUUAAGUUUUUCUUUAAAUAUGCACUAGAUUUUGACCCGUGCGUGCUCGGGUUGACAUAGCAUAUGAUAUAGGACAUUUACGAAAUAGAUACAUCGCCACACCGUAUAUAUUGUUGACAUUUGCAUAUAUAACCAAGCUUGAAGCCUACAAUAAUAUGCUAUUAAUUUCACUACACUCAGCUUAGUUGGAAUACUGUAACUCUGUCUGGGGAAAGGCCUUCAUCACAGUUAAAAUGCCUCCCAUAUACCCCUAAUGUAGCAGAAAAUUGCAGAAUCGCUCCAAUACGAUUUUGGAGAAAAUUAAUAAAGUUGCAUUGAAAAUAACAGUCAAAUUGUUCAUAACAAACUAUUUUAAAGCUGUAAAUACCUUUCUUUGAAAAGUUUGAUUCUAUAAUUGCAGAAUUCAACAUUUCUUCAACAGCGUUUUUUACACACCAUGUUGACAUUCAAAACUCUCAGGCUUUUUUUGUAGUGAAUGCACUGUGUUAGAGUUAUCUCCCAUAUUUUCUUUGAUGAACAGGAAAAAAAAUUCCAAUGAAAAUUUACGUGUUUGUUUUAUUAUCUCUGAGUUUAUCCAUGCAAAUGUGAUAUAGUGGAAACAUACCUGUGAUUUAGCGUGAAUGUAAUGCGCAUGCGCAAGAUUGUAAAAUCCAAAAAUUCAGAUGAUUUCCGGAAUUUUUUGAGGAAUUUUCGUUGAUUAUUAAUUAGCGAAGCUUGAUUGAGAAAAAAUAAAAACAAAUUGGUAAUUUUCAAGUACCAAUGAUGUUUAGGAUGUAUAAAACAAAAGACAGUAAUCUUCCGAUUAAUCGGUAUUAAAG